AUGUUGCCUGGAUUUGUUCACAAUAUGCAUAGAGUCCAUUCAUUUUUCACUGACAUUCUCUUAGAAACUAAUAGCAAUUUCGAGUUCCGUGGCCCUAUUUUCGCCAACAUGGACAUGUUAUUCCCUAGCGAUCCUGCAAAUAUCCAUCAUAUCCUGAGUCGAAAUUUCUCAAACUAUCCAAAAGGUCCUGAAUUUCAUGAAAUAUUCGAUAUAUUAGGUAAUGAAAUCUUCAAUGUUGAUUCUGAAUUAUGGGAGAUUCAUAGGAAAACAACCAUGUCCUUAAUGAACCAUGCCAAGUUCCAAACUUUGUUACAACGUAACGUAUGGGACACGAUCGAUAAAGGUAUUGUACCAACUCUUGAUAUUUUUGCAAAACAGGACACCCCUGUUGAUUUGCAAGAUAUUUUUCAGAGAUAUAGUUUCGAUACUAAUAGUAAAUUGUUACUUGAUCACGAUCCCAAAAGUUUGUCCCUAAAUCUACCUCAUGUACCAUGUGAAAUCGCGUUCAACGACAUGGGGGAUGCACUUGCAUAUAGACAUAUCUUACCAAAAAACUACCGGAAAUUGCAAAAAUGGCUUCGAAUUGGUAAAGAGAAGGAUUUAAUUAAAGCAUGGGAGGCUUUCGAUCAAUUUAUGUAUCAUGUCAUUUCGGAGAAGCAGAAAAAGUUGAUCGAUAAUAAUAUUAAAGACGAUGAUUUUGAACUAUUCAGUAACUAUAUAAAAGCAUACGAUAAAUUGAAAAAUGAAGUUGAUGAAAAUUUGGGUAGUGUACAAAAAUUUCUAAGAGAUACUUUCUUGAAUUUGAUGUUUGCUGGUAGAGACACUAUAAGCACAACUCUCACUUGGUUUUUUUGGCUCGUGGCUAAAAAUCCCUUAGUAGAGAAAAAGAUUCGAGAAGAGAUUCAACAACAAUUGCAUCUAAAAGAAGACGAAUAUCUCAAGUUUUUCAACAUAGAAGAGUCACGAAAAUUGGUCUAUCUACAUGGUGCAUUGUGUGAAUGUCUUAGACUAUUCCCACCCAUUGGAGUUGAACAUCGAGCUCCAGUUGAGCUCGAUGUUCUACCAAGUGGUCAUCGUGUUACACCAAACGUGAAAAUAUUAAUAUCAAUUUAUACGUUGGGGAGAAUGGAGAGUAUAUGGGGGAACGAUUGCUUAGAAUUCAAGCCAGAGAGAUGGAUUACUGAACGAGGAGGAGUCAAACAUGAGCCAUCACUCAAAUUUCCGGUGUUUCAUUCGGGGCCAAGGACUUGUUUAGGGAAGGAAUUAAAUGACAUUCAUUCACGCAAAAAUGGUGGCAGCUAUCAUGAUAUACAAUUACAAUAUUCAAUUAAUGGAAGCACAAACAAUUUCUCCAACAACUGCUAUUGUUAUUCGAAUGAUAAAUGGUUUGAAGGUUAG